AUGUUAGAGGUAAAUUGCAAUAUUGUUAUGGUUCAUCAAGAUUACCCGGGUGUGAAUUUGAUGCCACCACAAUCCAUGCAUCCUGCAUAUUCAUUCGUUACUCAACAAAUGUCACCAUAUAAACAUCAUCAUCAUCAUGCACAACAUCCAUCUCACAUGCCACCAAUGUAUCAUCAACAAGUACCAACAAAUCCCUAUUAUUCUCAUCGGAAUCAAGCCUCUCUAUUACGAGGUGGUAUUGGUCUACCGUUACCAUCUCAAGUAUCAUCACAACAACAGCAACAACAACAACAACAACAAGGAGGAGGACAAAUGGAUCAAAAUCACAAUCCACUUGAUAGUAAGCAUGUGUUAUGA